GCCCGGUGCCGCCCCCGGGACUACAAUCCCGGCAGGCUGUGCGGCCGUUUACCUUUUCCCGGGAGUGUGAGGCCUUUCGGUGGGUGGUCGGCUCUCUCCCCCCACCCCACCCCGGGAGCGGGGCCCCGGCCCCGGCCAUGAGCGGCAUCGGGAGGCCCCCUACCACAUCGUUCACUCAGGGCCCGGCAUCAUCCAACAGUCAGAACCACAAGGGCGGGGCCGGGGGCAGGGGCCGGAGCAACUCUCCGCCUGGGAGCGGCAGCGGCAGCGAUGGUGGUAAGGUCACAACGGUAGUGGCCACCCCAGGGCAGGGGUCCGACAGCACCCAGGAGGUGUCCUACACAGAUAUCAAAGUGAUUGGUAAUGGCUCCUUUGGUGUGGUUUACCAGGCCAGGCUUGUGGACACAGGAGAGCUGGUCGCGAUCAAGAAGGUUCUGCAGGAUAAACGGUUCAAGGCCCGACACUUCAGUAAGGCCAAGCAGCCAAUCCCCAUGAUCUACGUCAAGGUGUACAUAUUCCAGUUAUUCCGCAGUCUCGCUUACAUCCAUUCCCAGGGUGUGUGCCAUCGGGACAUCAAGCCUCAGAACCUCCUGGUGGACCCCGAGACGGCGGUCCUGAAGCUCUGUGAUUUUGGGAGUGCAAAGCAGCUGGUAAGAGGGGAACCCAAUGUAUCAUACAUCUGUUCACGCUAUUACAGAGCACCAGAGCUCAUCUUCGGAGCUACAGAUUACACUUCAAAUAUCGGGUGCAGCCCCUUUAUAACAGAUACACAGCACCAUGUGAGUGACCAGGGGCUAGGCUAUGUGUAA